GACUGGCGGAGAGCAAACGGAAGAAAGAGAGGAAGAAAGUAGGCAGCGGGAAGGGGAAGGGGAAGGGAAAGGGAAAAGGAAAAGGAGAAGGAGAGGAAAGAGAAGAGGCGCCUGGUCUCGUAGAAGGGCAUCGUCCACGGAUCUUCCGGUAAUUCUCAGGAUAUCGAACCUUGGGGCUGCGAAGGUCGCUGAUGUCCGCUACGAGCCCUGCCCCUACCCCUGCCAGUUCACCGUCAUCCGAACGGAGCGGAGGAAGACGACCGUCCUUGCUACCAUCGACGUCGAGGAAACUCGCGUCGCUUGUUACCCUAGGCCUUGUUCGGAGAAGAAGGGAUAUUUUUUACCAGUCUCGUCGACCACCACGCGUUCUCUCGACCGAAACUUCGCUACCACUGCUGCUGCUGUAUCGCCGAUCAGCUCGACCACCCCUCUGAAUGUCUUCGCACAUCCAAAAGUCGUGCGUGGGGCUUGAAGCGACAUUGAGUGACAGCAAAAAGAAGUACGGGGACAAGGUGAAUGCACUUCUGUCCGCCUGGGAGCAUGUCACCAAUUUCAUUCCUGGGGCAACGCCAGAGGCCACCCAGUCUCUCAUAGAAUGGGCUCACAAACACACAUUGAAAUUGGUACUGCGCGGGGAGUGGCCAAAGUUGUCACCCGCGACGAAGACGCACCUCAGUGUAACGUUACAGAGGUGCGCGUCACACCUGGUGCAACACCCCGCUGCACCCAGGUGCACUGCUCUGAUAGCUCUGGUACACAAUCCAUGGACUCAUCCCGCUCUCGACAGCAUACUUAACGGCCAACCGGAUUCCGAACAUGAAGAGGAAUUCUGCUGUUCGGAGAAAGGUGAACUGCUGACAAUGAGGCUGAAAAUACUUUGCGAGGACCGCUGCGAGGACAUAGCGGUAAACCUCGCCGCCGCUUGCGUACGUUCUCUCCGACGAAGCGAUCGGUUGCGCUCACUCUCGGAUUCUCAUCACGUUCAUUACAUGAUCGACGUCUAUAUUGUCCUCUUGUAUAAAUUGAAACGCACGCAAGAUAUAUUCGCUCAACUAAAAUUAAUGGACCUCAGCGAUGGAUUGGAAUUGGUCCAAAGACUCAGUGGUGAAAGACCAACAAAGUAUGGAACUGCACGCGUUUGGAGAAAUUCGAUAAAAGCUGCCGAAUUGGUUGCACAAUAUCUCGUUACAGCCGGCAUGGUACGCCCUGUACCGGAAACCGGCGCAAACAUUUUAGAACAAAUUCUAAACUCUUGGGCAUUGUUGCAUUCGAAAUUGAAAGACGUUGCACCUACGUUGCCGGGGAUGAUAAGGAAAUUAAUCGAACCUGCUGAAAGUGCUCAGCAUAUUUAUAUCUUUUGCGCGGUACUUGUUAAGCAUUUCGGCGAUAGCAUAAAGCCUCUGGUAAUCGAAUUGUAUAUCAGGGCGUUGACCACGGAUAUGAAUGAAUUGGAGAGCCAAAAAACAAAGUCCGAUACGGAGAAGGUUCGCGAAACUGCGAAACGUUUGAGCACGCAAUUCCUUAAACUAGCCGACGUUGUUGGAAGCAAUAUCGGUAUUGCCCGAGAAUGCGUCCUUACAGCGUUUUCUCUGCAUCCUACCAGGGCUUGUUACGAUAGGAUCAAGGAAAUCGCUGUUGCGUGUGGAAAAACGAAAGAGGAUGAAACGUCCAGUAAUAACAUCAUCGUCACCGACAAAUUUAAGCAUGUUCUAGAGAAUCAUUCUAACACGGGAUUAGUAAAAACCGAUGGUAAUAUCGGAGAAAAGAACGAUGAAACGAAUGUCGCGAAUACAGAUUUAACUUCGUCUUUGUGCAACUCCUCGUUAUUUCCAAUGUCGUCGUUGUCCGGUUCUACCACGGCUUCAACAACACCAACGAAAAAGAAUAUCGAUUUUCAAAACGGGCAAGUGAGCAAGAGCUUCGAACGAACGGAUCAACUAUUAAAGAGUCUUCUAACUCCGAAAAAAGAAGAGGCGACCAUUUCAGCGAGCGACAGAUGUCUUUUGCAUCCAAAGAGAGAUCCGUUAUCCAAUGGACCUCUCGGAGAGCUUUGCUUCAAUUGCGGCGAAUUCACCGGCAGCGAUAUUUCAAGGAGUAAGUCUCCAGAGUCGAAUGAUAACGCCUCCAGGAACGUCGAGAGAACGCUCGAUGCACUGAUCCUAAUCAAAGGUGAUGCUGUCACUGGUUCUGCCAAUUAUGACGAAAAAUCCGUACCAAAUCAAGUCCUGGAUGGGGAAAAACUUGGUCUAUCGCCACAACUUUGCGACGACUUGGCCGUUGUUUUGAGCAGUCCUCGUUACCACAUGCUUAGCUGGGUUUUAGAUUGGAAAGAGUUGCACAGUUUGUGCGAAAGAUAUUUGGAGAAUGCCGAAGAGAUGAGAAACACCAACAAAGAACUGAAAUAUCUCAACAUCGAUUAUUCGCAGUUUAAGGAUUGGCCCUCGGAAGACGACACCAAGGAUAUCUUUUUUGGAAUUGAAAAAGGUUACGAACAAUGGGUUGAUUUACCUUCGGACAACUCGGAACAGUUUGGUAGCUUUCAGCCUGCUGGUAGCUACAAGAGAUCUUCGACUAGAAGGAGUCUCGAUGAUACUACUACCGAUUCGGACAGCGGAAGUAUAUUACGAAUAAGAAGAACAGGGAGACAGAGGAAAAUUCACAGAUUAGAAUCCUCCGAGAGCGAUUAUGACAGUGCGGAACGUAAACCGAAGCACUUUAGGAACAGGGUUAGUUCAAUUUCUGACUCCGAUAGCAAUACGCAAGACAGUCAAGCGGAUAGCCUCGGUAGCGAUGGAUGUCGACUGGAAGUAAAGAAAAAAUCCAACAAAUCAUCCAAUAAGGAAACGAACAAGAAACGUUCCAAGACUUCAAAAUUAACCGUCGAAUCGGUCUCGCAUUUUCAUAUGCUCGUUAAUGAGAAUGUUCGACACGCGAACACGAAUGAAGACGCGAGCGGUUCCGACGUAAGUAGCAACGAUAUCAUAACUUUGUUCUCUGCCGAUAUGGACGAAAGUAAACGAGAAACGAUAAAAGGUUCGGCAUACACGGCAGCUGCACCUUUAAUAAUUACCGAAAGGAGAAGCGAUCCAGCUGUACUUAAAUCUUUGAGGAUGUUCAGGCCGCAAAACUCGAAAAAACCUACGAGAAUUUCCCAAAUACUACAAAAGAAUCUUCUGAAUAAGAGUAAAGACAAUAAUAACUUAGAAAAUAAUACAAAUAGUGUAACGAAAUUUGCUCCAAUGCUCAGCACGCUAAAUUUGAAUCCGAAGAUCGUGUUAACCAGAGCGGACGAGAUCGAUAGGAAACUAAUUCGAUCGAAGAAGCAACAGCGACUGAGUAGCGGAGACAUUACGAGCGAAUUGAUGAACAUUCAGAAAAAUAUGCCGUUUUCUCCAAACAAAAACUCAUUGUCCUCAUACCAAAAGCAAAAAGGAAACGGAGCGCCGAUCACGAGUAAAGCAGAUUUAUCUCCUACCGAUGGGCACGAUUUAAAUUCGAAAUCAAAUUUGGGCAAACGAAAGUUCGAUAUUCUUGCAAAGGCUGUCAGGGAUUCAGAUAUACUGGCUAAAAAUGUACCGGGUCUAAAUUCGUUGGAUAUGAUGGUACCGCCGAGAAUGCGACCAACCGUAAACGUCGUACAGCUUUCCAGAAACAUUCCACAGAGCCCGAAUUCGGGCUCUAUCAACAGUGGCAAUACUCCUCCAAGGCCAAAUAGAACUCCUAGCGUGGCUGGAAAUAUUCAGUUACCCGGUACACCUUCUUCCGGAGGACACGACAGCGGUGUUGGCAUGAGCCCAGCUGGACAAACCCCUCCUCCUAGAUCGUCCACUCUGCCCGAUGUCGGUGAAGAGACGAAUCAACCACCGGACAAUUCGCCCACUUCUUCUACGACCACGAACGUUUCCAGUCAACUCGAACCUGACUCGAGUCCUAGAACGAUGCCGAUUCGACGAAGUCAACAGAACCAAUCGCCUAAAAAAUCUCCUUCACCUUGUUCCGCCGUGACGACAACCACUACAACAACGAGCACGGGAGUCGCCCCAACGACCAUUACAUCGGAUCAGUUGCAGAUCGUUUGCAAACCAGACGGUACAUACCAGCUGGCUUCCGUAAAUCCGAACGUGGUGUCUAAUCAGAGGAAUGUUCUUAAUUUGCAAAACAUCGACGAUGGAAGCGGCGUCGGUAAUUUUUCGCGACAAAACCAAAGGGCCGAAAAUGUGAACGCGAAUAGGAAUACGUACGAGAGAUUGACGUCUGCGAAAGCGACCGCGCAAUCCGGACAAAAUACUGGGUUGCCCAAAUUUCAGCAAGCUUUCGGCAAAACGAUAUAUACGCUUUCCACGGAUACAUCGACGAGUGGUGUUACAGGCGCCACCUCGGAAACCCUCGUACAAUCUGCAUCCCCGCAAAAGACGGCAAAUCUCUCGAAAGCUGUACAAACAUCCGUACCUAACGCGCAACAAACGAAUCCAUCUACAGGAAUAAACGUACAGUCCAUUGCAAACAUUCCAAACACGUUACAAUUAUCCACAAGUAGACAAAUAUUGAAUAUCGUUCAGAGCUCUGGAAAUAAUGCAAAUGUAGCGACUAGUCCGAACGCGAAUCAAACGUUGACGCAACUGGUACAAAGCGUUCAAAAUGCUUCGCCGGGUGUCAUAUACACGCACAAAAUUCCUGUUACUAUAUCCACUACAAAUCCAAGUCAGUUGAACAUUAUACCUACUAUAUCGCACGCGAAUUCGAUACCAGCUGGAAGAACACCGGUGGUGAAGUUGAACAUCAUUCGUGCUCCUUUGAGGCAACAAAAUAUUACCGGAGCUAUACAAGCAGUUUUAACUACGCCAAGAUUACAACAACAACAACAGCAGCAGCAACAGCAGCAGCAGCAACAACAACAGCAGCAGCAACAGCAGCAGCAGCAACAACAGCAGCAGCCCCAACAGCCGCAACAAGCACCACCGCCGCAACAACAACCAGCAGUUAGGACGGACAGUUUGCUCGGUUCUUCUAUAGAAGUACCGAAUCAAGUUAGUUCUACUACCUUGGAACAAUUGAGAGAGUUCGAGAGCGUUUUAGAGCAAGUGAAGGAGAGAAGCACUAUUCAACCGCAGUCUCACCAAACGAUAUCCACCGCGGCCACUACUACUGUACAAACGCAGACCACUACGCAACAAACACAAGCUACCAAACAACAGCAAGUUUCAGUUAGCGCUCUAGCUCAGCAACUUUUAAUGCCGACGCAGCAAACCACCAACAAUGACUUUGCUAGCAAUGGCAAUACCGUAAAUUUCCAACAGGACGUUUUCUCUCAAAAAGUUUCCCUGGCAUAUGUGAAUCAAAACGCGGGAUCCGUUGCAGCGAAAACCCCAAACUCGACGCCAGUCGUUGUUGUAACCAGUUACUGCCAACCGGCGGCUUCACCGGCAUUGAGCGUUACUUCGCAAAGUUCUUCCAGUCCGUGCGUCACACCAGCUCCGGCGCCUAUACCUUCCGCUGGUAAAACACCACCUACCCCACCUUCCUCGAAAACGGUAAAAAAGACAGCGCCUAAAACACUGAAAACCAACGCAACGAACACGUCGAAAGCUUCACCGAUACCGAAGCCACAGCAAAAACCGCAAGAGGACGAACAAACCGCUCAAAGAAUCUACGCCAUUUUAGACGAAUAUGCGGAGCAAUUGCGGAAUUCUCCUGAUUUGAAUAACAAACCUGCCCCGAGAAGAAGAUCGAAUCCACCGACGAAUCCCAGUCAAUCUUCAAAAAGAAAAAAGUCGAAUGCAAACAAAACGAAACCAGUUGGUCAACAAAAUUCGGAACUUAGCCCGAGUACCGACGAUCUCGGCAGAACUAUGGGUAGCGAAGAUUCUUCCAGCGGCGUUGUACACGUGCAAGACAGCCCGGCUGGUUUCUCUGCACCGGAGGAACCGUCUAGUAACGUUGGAAACGUGACCGAUGCGACCGCUGAAGUUCGAAAUUUGACGAACGAUUCGAACGACGGGGUGGAGUUGAACGUUAAGAGGCGAAAUCUGAUUUUUGCGGAACCCGGUUCCGGGCAGCCGAGAGCGGUGAUCGUUCAGGAAGCUGUACAGACUAGUUCCGUGAGCGUUAGCGAAGCUCUGGCUUCGGUAACGGGAAAGAUGGGAAGCACGGCUGUCUUAGUCCCAGGUCCUAAUUACAUCUUACCGAUGAACCUAGUGAAAGGAGGUCAGCAAUUUACGAUAGUGUCCAGCGGAUCGAAGCUUCUCGCUACUGUACCGGCAACCGUUCGGACUACCGGAAAUACCGGCGUUUCUAACACCCUCGUGCUUCAAUCCUUUCUGAAUCAAGCGGGAAAGAUCAUCUCGCAACCGGCGCAAGUGAAACAGGUUAAAAUACCAACCUUGCAGACUUUGUCGGGCAAUCAGACUUUAACCACUACGCAAAACGUUCAAGGUGCAUCGGUAGUAAUCCCUCAAACUGGAAACCAUGCUCAAUGUACGAGCGACGUAACCGCGGAAAAGAGUAACAUCAUCGGCGACUUGACUAUGGCAAAAUCCGAUACAGUUAGUGGAGGGGUUGCUGUUGAAUCCGCGACAAACGCAAUCGUCGUGAACAAGAGCAAUUCCACGAUCGGCCUGAUUCAGCGCAACUUAAACGAGCCCUCGGAAAGUCAACCUAUAUGCGGUGUAAUCACCAGCAAUCCUAAUUUAACUCUUCAAAGCGCUAGACUGUUUAAUUCCUCUAUACACAAACUGACGACACCAGGACUGAAGUCUGACAACGUGGUAUGUAUCACACCCACAGCAACGAUUGCCCAUAGCCCAGAGAAGAAGUCGCCACAGGACAGUCAAAUUCAUAACGACAAGCCUGUCUCGAUUCAGACCGGUGCCACGAUCGCUCUUGCUUUUGCCACUCAGUCCGAUGUUUCCUUAUUGAACGACGCUCAACAACAACAGCAACAGCAACAACAACAGCAAAAAGAAACGAAGGAAAUAUCGACGGAAAUAAUUCCUGGUGCCAAGAUCAUCUCCCCGAAGACGGUGAAAAGAAAAAUCGACGAUACAAUGGGUAUGUCGGAGAACGUUCCGAAAACCUUGAUCACUUCCAACUCUGUCGUUUGUUCGAGCAAUGCCACACCGUUACAGAGUAACGAAAAGAUUGACUCGAUGUCCACGAUCACGGUUGCGAGCAAACAGUCUGGAGGAAUCGACAAUGCAACGCAGUUUUUGGUGACUGGUGGACCGAGUAGUUCGGAUAGUCAAGAGUCUCCUGUGCAACAAUCCGCGGAAGGUAUCGAGGUAUCGUGCAAGGUCGGAAACGGCUUGUUGUAUGGAAACGCAAGAUUACAAGAAGCUUGGGAACCGGAGGGUAAGGUGUCACCCGACACACCUUGGCGAUACGUUCCUACGUCUACGAAUUCCUUGAAUAUCGAACCUCUGAAUUCAAGAUACUCGGAUAAUUCGGAAAACGUUCAGAGCGUUCUGCAGAUCAUCAACAAAGGCCAAGGUAUCGAGAUGACAAGUGGACAGAUUUAUCAAACGAACACGAAAAAAUAUUUUAUGAAUCAUACGUUAGAACCAUUCCAACAAUACUCGAAUAAAAGUAAUGUGAUGAAAACACCGUUAAAUCCUAGAUUAGAUCGAGAAUUGUUACAACAGAAAAUAGAAAGAAAAGCGGCUGCGAUAGAGCGUGAGAUGAAGUUACAGAAAAGUUUAUCGGAGGAAUGCGAAGAUUUAGGCGUGGAUGAACCUAGCACCAGCGACUUAUUCCCAGAAGCAGAUUUGCUAUUUGAUACUAAUCAUUCACCAUCUUUUGAUCAUUCUUCUCAGGACGCAUCCUGCAGUCAGCCAUUGGGCAUGAAAUCGUAUAGUGGUUCCUACUUUCGCUCUCUGGAUUCGUCGAGCGGUAGCAGAGAUGCUAGUCCCAUUGCCGAUUUUAAGAUGAGCGAGCGUAGAAAAAGUACGAGCCAACGAACUAGAUCUGCGAAAGAUUCCUCGAAGCGAUCGAAAAGAGACAAGGUGGAGGAUCUGCACUUGGAGAAUCCAGCAAAACACAUGCGCUUAACCUUGGAUAAUUUAAGUCAAGAUGAAGCGUCGAACAGUAAUUCCGACAUUUCGAGAUUAUCCCCGACGAAUUUGGGAUCGCUAGAGAACGAUUCAUUGAAGGAUACGAGUCGAACGAAGAUCACGUCGAGAAAUAGUUCGAAGGAGGGUUCACCGAGCAGUGUAUCCAGCAUUCCAUCAAACAUGAAAUUAGAUAUCGAUUUAGACUCGGAAUCGUUACCUCCGAGUAUCAAUGUAAAUAAUACAUCGGCAGCAAGUUCAGGGGACGAAAGUUUAACCUUGCUUAGCGGUAACACCGCGGAUGUUACGAUACCCUCGCCACUCUCGCCGAUCGCUGGUCCGAUGUUAUCGACGCACAAGUAUACCUACACUAAUAAGAAGCGGAUUGCGUCGAAGGUGACGAGAAUGGAUUAUCUUUCGUGGGAGAGUCCAAUGUCCGAGAGAACGAGAUCGAGCAGCGACGAAGAGGAUUCUAGUAUAAGCGAGUCAAUCGGCAGUCAACCAGAAGAGAACGCUUUGAGCAAUGGUCUCGAGGAUAGCGUGCAAAGUCUCAAGUCUCUGUCGAAUGAGCGGCGUUGCAAUUAUCUAAAAAAAAAAGAUAAGUUACAGGUGAAUGCGAGAGUAGUAUUGAAUCGAGCGGAUCACAAGGGUAGCUUGUCGAAACGCAUUAAAGCAAAUGAGUCGAUCCAAGAUUCGGUUAUGGUUUCCAGUGACAAGGCUUCGGAGCCGUCGGACGACGAAACGGGGAAUAUUGCUUUGGUCGAGCCGGAUUGUCGAGCUAGGCGGUCGAGUUUGCGCGGGCAUGUUAAGAAGGGAUGCGCCUGUUGCAACGGAUCUCCAGAGAGACCUAAAAAGAAAUCGGUCAAGUCAGAUCAUUCAAGAUUAAAGAAACGACUGUCCUCGAAACAAACCGGAAAGAAAAGGUAGUCCUAGCGAUCGAACGCUCGACGGAGCAUCGCGUGUUCAAUCUUAAUGGUAUAUGCUCAUGCCUGACGAUGCGUAUCCAGUAACGAAGGAGCUUCCAAAUGUUCGGGCGUAUCCUCGUAGCUACUGCAAAAGCGAACACAAACCUAGAACUGACAACCGGAAAGCACAUUGAAGGGAUACGAAAUCGCGUAGAAUUCUCGUUCGGAUCAAACGAUGAAACACACAAAUUACAAGCUUGUAUAUAUAUAUUAGAGUACACGGGAAUUGUUAGAGACAAACUUUUACAAUAUGCCCGUAACUUGGAGUACCUAUCCUCGUAUAGGCAGAAAUGUUAAUUGCGAGACAUUCGUAAGUUCUCCAUUCAGCAUAAACACUGAACUCGUUUUACUGAUGAGAGGUAAAGGAAGAGAAAGGGAUAGAAGAAAGAGCGUAUGUCUAUGUAUGUAUGUACGUAUGCGUGUGUGUAACUGAGAGAGAGAGAGAGAGAGA